UUUAGCCAAAAAGUUGGAAAAUACAGAAAGCGGUAACAAAGGGGAAAAUUUACAAAAUACUAGUAAACAAGUACAUGUGCAACACAAGUUGCCCAUAAACAAGAUCUCAGAGGAUAGUACAAGUAAGAAAGGCUGCCAAAAGAUGGUUUUAUUAACAACUUUAAUGCUGAAAUGUUCUCCAUGAUGAAGAGCAACAUGGAUAUUCAAUUAGUUUUUGAGCCAUAUGGUUGUUGCACCUACAUAGUCAACUAUAUCAAUAAGUCCCAAAGAGGUGUGUCUGAUAUUUUAAUGAAGACUAUGGAAGAAAUUAAAAAAGGUAAUUUAGAUGUUAAGGGCAAACUUAAAUCUCUUGCAGCAGCUUUCUUAAAUGCGAGCGAAGUAAGUGCCCAGGAAGCCGCCUACAGCGUGUUACAACUACCGAUGCAUGACACCUGUACCUCCUAUGUAUACAUCCAUACAAAUCCAAUCAGGGAAAGGACAAAAAUGUUGAAACCAUUAGCACAACUUAAAGAAAUGGACAAUGACGAUCCCAAUAUUUAUUGUGAUGGUCUUAUAGAACACUAUGAACAGCGGCCUGAUGAGAUGGAAAACAUAUGUUUGGCUGAGUUUGCGGCCUAUUAUGAUUUCUUUAAGAAACAAGCAGAAACAAAGGCUAAUGGUUUACCCUUAAAAGAUGGAAGUGGCGUUUUAGUUAAAAGGGGUCAUGCUAAAAUUUUAGCCUACCGUAGUUAUGGACUUCAGCAAGACCCUCUUAACUAUUAUAGGGAACAAAUAAUGCUAUACAUCCCAUGGCGAAAUGAAGUGGAUGAAGUUGAAAAUGAGAACAUUGAUCAACAGACCAUAUACAAAGAUCGAUACCAAGAGAUUGUUGCAAAUCGACAAAAGUUCAAUGUCUUAGAUGAACAGGUAAUCGACGAAGCUCUGAAACUUGCCGAAGACCGAUCAAAUCAAUUAGACGAUGGUGGAUUCGGUGGAGAAAUAGAUGAUGAGUUUAUGCCUUAUGGACUAGACAACCCCAUUUAUGAUCCAUUCAAUCACAUCAUCGAUAAAAAAGACGACGAAGCGCCAGUAAAACAUAUCGCUUUCCCAACGCCUCAUCAGAUAAGCGAUUCAGAGUAUGAAGCCCUCAUAAGCAAACUGAAUCACAAGCAGUAUCAGUUCCUUAAUGUCGUGCAAGACAGUCUAAUUGAAGGGGAAACUUUCUACUGCACACUUAGUGGUCCAGCAGGUACAGGCAAAAGUCACCUGAUUACGGCAAUAACCCAGUCGUUAUUGCGCCAUUUCAACUCAAUACCGGGAAAUAAUCCUGAAAGUUUAAAAGUGUUACUUUGUGCGCCUACAGGUAAAGCGGCAUUUAAUAUCGGGGGUAUAACCUUACAUGCGGCAUUAUCGUUACCCGUUAGUCAGUAUGGUGAAGAACUAAUUCCUUUACACCAUGACACCGUUAAUACUAUAUAUUGUAAUUUGUAUGACUUAAAAUUAAUUAUCAUAGAUGAAUAUUCCAUGGUUGGCGCCAGAUUGUUUGACCAUAUUAACAGUAGAUUGCAGCAAAUCUUUAAAUCUGACGCCAUCUUUGGAAAUAUUUCAAUAAUUUUAUGCGGCGAUAAUCGUCAAUUACCCCCAGUAAGGGAUAUGUAUAUUUUUUGCCCAGUAAAAACAAAUCCGUAUAAAGAAUUAUGCGGAACGUAUCUGUGGGAUCAUUUUAAAUAUUUUGAACUUUCAGAAAUAAUGAGACAGAGUGAAGAUAAGUCUUUUGCAGUUGCCCUCAAUAAUAUGGCGUUUGGUAAAAUGACCGACGAAGAUGUGCAAUUGAUCAAGUCCAGGGAAGUCGACAGUAUUGACCAAAUUCCUGAAGACACUAUGCAUUUAUUUUGCACCAAUGCAGAAGUAGAUGCAUUCAAUGAAAUGAAACUGUCUACAUUUAAAACCGAGCGAGCCGUAAGUCAAGCCAGAGACGUUAUCAAAGGGAGUUGCUCAGAACGACUAAAAAAUUUAUUUCUGGAACACGCAAAAAGCUUAAAAAAGGGGGAGAGUUUUGGCCUAAUGUUAAAUUUAAUAUUGCAGGUAGAUGCCAAAUAUAUGAUUUCAAUGAAUGUGGACACCAGUGAUGGAAUAGUGAAUGGUGCAACAGGCAUCCUACGUCAAAUAGACUAUGACCGAAGUAAAAUUCCAUUCAGAGUGUGGAUGGAGUUCUUCGAUUCCAAGUCAGGCCAGGAAUGCCGCAAGAGAAACGAAUCCCUUAGGAAGUCUAUGGGUGUGUUAUACACUUGGACGCCCAUAGAAAGAGCUGCCAGAGCUGUUAAAAUUCAAAAAGGCAGCAAUGUUCACGUUGAGCGUCUUCAGUUUCCUCUUGUAAUCAGUGAAGGAAUUACAAUCCACAAGAGUCAAGGUGCCACCUACAAACAGGUGGCUGUUCACAUUGGAAAUCGCAUGACGAGAACCAGUACCUAUGUUGCUUGUAGUCGGGCCACAAAGCUAAGUGGCCUCUACAUCAUUGGUAAGUUUAAGGCCCCUAAACCGGCAACCGAAAAGGAUGCUGCUUAUAAAGAACUGGUAAAUAUGCAAGAAAACAAACUUAUAACAUCCAGGUAUGACACUCAGUAUCUUAAUGAUUCUAAUGUCAAAUACAUUAUUGCUUAUCAAAAUGUGCAAAGUCUACCAAAAAAUUUUAAUUUUAUAAAAAAUAAUCCCAUUUUUAAAGACGCACAUUUCCUAAUUUUUGUUGAAACCUGGUUAUUUAAAAAGAAACAAAAUUUAAAAAUAAAUGAUUUUGAAGUGUUUGCCAACCUGAAUAACGAUCAAACUGUAAGUAAACCCUUUGGCAUAAUUUGUUUCAAGAAAAAAAAUGUAUCAGCAAAAAUAAAGUCAGUGAAAAAAUACACCAAAGAUUUCUGUGGUAUAGUGUUUCAAGCAAUCACAUUUUACUUGAAUGAAAUUUAUGUCAUAGCAGUUUAUAUUCCCCCAAAAUUGAGCAUUGCACAUGCUAAAUUUUGUUUGGAAGAGAUUAUUGAUCAACAAAGUGAUAUCCUAAUCAUCGGUGAUUUUAAUCAAGAUAUUAUCAAUCAAAAUGAAAAUGGUUUGAAAAAUUGUUUAAUAUCUAAAGGUUUAAGUUGCAAAUUGAGUGUUGGCGAAUCAACUACAAAAUCAAAAACUCAAAUUGAUUGGCUUUUUAGUAAUUUUAAUAAUUUGAGUUACAAUAUUUACAAUACUGUGUAUAGUCACCAUAAAUCACUAGUGGUUAGUAUUUAUGAUAAAGGUUUUAUUCCCAAGCAGGUAAAAAACGUUGAUAAAAAUAAACAAUCUACAAAAGGCUCUACUGAACUAAAAUUUAAUACCAAGCAAAUGCAAAUUUUACCAACACAAAAUUCAUUGGGUAUCUCUACUUACCAAAGUGUAGAAGAUAAUAAUGACAAUAUGGUAGUAGAUAUUAGUUCAGAUGACGAAAACAACCCCAACUUAUUUACUAAACCGCCUGCUUUAUUAAAUACCGAUAUGGUAUCAUGUUAUGCAAAUAGCAUCGUACAGUCAUUUUUAUGUUUACCUGAAUUUCGCUUUUCCAUUUCAAAGCGAAAUACAGCGCUAAACAGUAUUCUAAAUGAUAUUAUGCUGACCAAAAUUAAUUCCACAUUAAAAGUUCGACAAUUGGUGUCUGGUCGAAAUGGUGAAAAUUUUGCUGUAAAUCAACAAAUGGACGCUCAAUCAUUUUGUCAAUCUUUAAUCAGAAGAUUAGAUGCAGAUGAUUUUAGCAUUUUCAUAAAAGCUAAUGGUCAUGAACUUUUAAAUUGUCAAAACUGUAAUAUUAAUAUGAAUGAAAAUGAACAAAUAAUAUACACUCAUUUUCUUUAUUUUCCUGAAAACUGUGGCAAUUUAAUUGAUUUUAAUUCAAUGUUAAUGCUAAAAGACUCUGAUAGAUUAUGCCUAUACUGUAACAAUAAUCUAAAAACACGCUCAGUGGUUAUAUGCCAUAAAUAUUUGGUAGUAUGUCUUCAGAGAAUUGGCCCUCAAGGGAAUAAGAUAAAUACCAAAUUUUACAAUUUUGCCUCUGAAAGUGUUAUUUUGGAUGAUCAAAUAUUCCGAGUAAAAAGUGUUGUUAAGCAUCAUGGAAACACCAUUGGAUCUGGUCAUUAUACAUCUAUAGUUAAUUAUAACGAUCAAUGGUGGAAAUGUGAUGAUAAUCGCAUAACUAGAAUAUCUGGGUUUGAUAACACUUUAGAAGAUGUAUACUUAUUGCUCUUAGAAAAAUGCUAAAUUUUCUUAAAAUACUAGGACAAACCUAUUUAACAUAAACAAAAUUACAAAUGAGCAAAGUAGUAUUCAAAUAGUAUGAGCAGUGAGUUUUGCAUUGCAAGCAAAUAAAACAUCAGUUUACUCACACUUCUAGCUCAACAUGCAUCCAGGGGUUAUCCGGCCCGACUGUAACCAAAACUCUUGACGCACUUCGAUUCAGAUACUAGGUUAUGAUCUCCCGCCCCCCAAAAGAUUUCACUACGUGAUAUCUUUAUAUAUUAGAGUCAUCUUAUGCGAUAAGUGAUUAAACCUAGCUUAAUGGCCAAUUUGUUAUAAUGCAUGUAAUUACUUAUUGCAAUGGGUGACGGAUUUUUCAUUCGGCGAGGCAACUUUUGCUAUUAAUAAGUCUUGAGGUAUCAAAAGUCGGAGUAUAAAGAUUAGUGAGUGGUAAAUAGUAGAUAAUUGUAGAAGUGCCUUGUGCUAUUGGCAUGGCUUACUAUUAAUCAUUCGCUUUCUCAAUGAAAAUCCCUUUUCUAGUUUUAUAUAUAUUUUUAAAUAUAUAUUUAAAUAUAAAAGUCUCUCUGGGAGAGUAAACUAUACAAUUUCAUAUUUAUCUGUAAAACAUA